UAGCCUUUCGGUGAUUGGUUUCAACUACUUUCACUCUCUCUACUCUAUUUUCCCCCUUUCAUAAACCAUUUUUUGCAAUCUUAACUCAAUGCUAAUCCUCCUAGCCCCCCAUAACUUUUUCACACACCAAAAUCCAAAUAAAGCUGCAAUUUCUGACUUCUCAACCCUAUAAUUCCCAACACAAACACACUUCUCUCUCUCACUCACUCUUCUCUUCCUUUGACUCCAAAAAAACAGAGUCCCCUGUUCAGAAACAGAGCAUGGCAAUUGAAUUAUGCAAUGAAAUAUCCAUCUCUCCCGGAAUCAGUCCUCGAAUCUCAUUCUCACACGAUCUAAAAUCCUCAACCGGUUCAAUCCCCGUCGAACCUCCCCACAUUCACUCCGAUUUACGUCUCCUAGACUCCACCGCCUCCGAUUUCGUAUUCACAGUCACCACUACUUUAUCCCAACAAUUCUCUUCCGCUGACGAACUUUUCUCUAACGGAAAGAUCAUUCCGUUGAAGAUAAAAAAUAUUAUCUCUAACGAAAAGAUCUUUCCUGUUAAAAAGAGUUCAUCAUCAGAUAAAUUCUUUGAGCCUGUUCUAAAAACGAAGAGGCUCAAAGAAUUCUUAUCAGAUGAAACUGACAACGAAGAAGAGAAAUCAACAUCAACAUCAACCUCAUCUAAGCAUUUCUGGCAAUUCAAAAGAAGUAGCAGUUUGAACAUCGAUACAUCUAGACGGAGUAGCUUGAUUCGAUCGCUACAGUUUCUGUCAAGAAGCAAUUCAACGGGUUCAGCGCCGAAUCCAAAGCAAACACAGAAGCAGAAUUUGCAGAAACAAUCCUCUGUUUCGAGUAGUAGAAGAUCUUCGUCUUCAUCAUCAACUUCAACCUGCAUGGAGGGAAGGAAGGAACAAAAAAAAAAAGGAACUGACAAAGGUGUCUACAAUGGACAACUUUAAAUGAGGUUUUGUUGUACCAUAAAGAUACUUUUCGAUGAACCGUUGGUGAUAGAUAUUGUUUCAAUUUCCAUCAUAGUUUAGGCCUUUAUAUAUUUGAAAAAUGAAAAUGUUGUAUAAUCUGUUUCAUGCAAUGGUGUUAGUUAAUGCUAUUUGUACUCGGGAAUUGUCAUGUUUCGGAGAUUGACCUAUAUGUCUCAUAGUGUAAUGGUGUUG